CCUCGCGCGGCCUGAGGGCUGGGCCGGGGCCGCGGUCCCGGGGGUGCCGCGGUGCCGCCGCCGCCGCCCGCCCGCCGGUCGGCGGUGAUGUGUCCAUCCCUGCGCCCGGAGCUCCGCGCUCCCAGAGCCGCCGCUUCCAGCUAGAUCCAAGCCCGCCCGCUGCCAUGGAAACGGGCAGCCCGGAGGAGCGGGACGGAGGGGACCGGCGGCGGCAGGAGGGCGGGGACGCCCCUCACGACAGCGCCAACGGCUCCCUGGUGGCAGCGGAGCCGCAGCAGCCGCCCCGCGGCAAGCUGAGGAAAACGGCCUUCAAGCUGUUCGGGGGCAAGCGCAGCAUCUGCACCCUGCCCAGCUUCUUCGGCGGCCGCGGCAAGAAGGGGCUCAGCAAGUGCAAGACCCACGACGGGCUGAGCAGCGCCGCCUGUGACAAGGGCGGUGUGGCACGGCCGGGCAGCCCCUCGGAGGGCGGCAGGGACGGGCAGCCCGGGCCCCUGCCCGGCUCCCGCAGUGCCCAGCUGGCCCUGGACACUGGCAGCAGGGCGGAGCUGGGCCAGCAGGACGGCUCUCCCCCCGGGAGCAUCGAGGGCUGUGACAAAAAGCCCAACGGGGAGAAAUCCUUGUGCCCCAGACCCAAGAAAGGACUGAAAGGGUUUUUUAACAGCAUCCGGCGGCACCGGAAGAGCAAGGCUGCCGAGAGCGAGAAGGCAGAGCUCCCUGAGUGGAACGGGGACACCGAGGAGGCCGGGAAUGCCCCUGGGAUGGGAGCGGAGAGCCGAGGGGCCGUGGAGGGCAGGGGAGCAGCCGUCCCUGAGGCCACAGCUGGCCCAGGGGACUCAGGGGGUGACUCCAGCUGUGGUGAGGCCACUGAGCCCACGGGCCCCACAGUGGAUGGAGGCACCUCCGAGGGUGACACGAUGGCCAUGCCAGGGAACGGGGACAUUCCAGAUGCAAAAUCGGAGCCUGAGGCUGCUGCCUGUGCUGAGUUUGACCGUGAGAGUUUGCUGCUGGCCUUCCACCCUGACUUCAUGGACAAUGAGCCUCCCUGCCUGCACUCUGGCGACCUGCUGAGCCUCAUGCUGGGGGACGUCACCUCUCUGAAGAGCUUUGACUCGCUGACGGGCUGCGGGGACGACAUCGCCGAGCCCGACAUCGCCGAGAGCAGCAUCUCGGUGGAGCGCAGCCGCGACGCCGCCAAACGCAGCUCCUGCCUCGUCACCUACCAGGGCGGCGGCGAGGAGAUGGCCAUCCCUGAGGAGGCUGAGGAGUACCUGCACCAGGUGUGGGACAGCGGCGUGCCGGGGGACAGGAGCUACGGGGCCCAGGUGUCCAGCAGCAGCCUGGAGACACACACCUCUCACGAGGCUGAUGCCCACCCCUACAUGGGGGAUGCCAUGGACGGCGUUGACCUCCUGACGCCCCAGAGCGACCAGCAGGAGUCUGCCCCGAACAGUGAUGAGGGGUAUUAUGACUCCACCACACCAGGGCCGGAGGAUGAGGCUGGAGAGGAGCUCAAGAAGGACCGACUGCCCCGGGACAGCUACAGCGGCGAUGCACUUUACGAGUUUGACACCCUGAUGAGCCCCUCUCAUGGGGAGGAAUCCCUGUUCGAGGGCAAAGUCCCACGCCAGGGCAUCUUCAGCUACUUCAUGGACUUCUGCCUCCCUGCUGAGAAGAGCCUCAUCCAGCAGAUGAUGGAUCAGAAAAGAGGGCUGAUGGAAACUGAAGAAGAGGGGCUUGCAGCCAUUCAGAAAGAGCUGCUGUACUGGGAGCUGCAGAGGGAGCCAGUCCUGAAACGCCUGGAUGUCUCCAGCAAGGAGAAGUGUCCCCGGGAAAAGCAGUGCAUUGAAUGUAAAACCAGAGCAGCCAGCUCCAUUGGCAAGAGUCAGAGUGGCCUUGGGAGUGAGCAGGUGGCCUCCCACACCCCAAGCCGGGCUGUCAAUGGUGGGGUUGCAGUGGCUAGGGCUGAAAAUCCAGAGUGGAGGGAUUUCCCAGGGGCUCUGUGUCUGGAAAACUGUUACAACAGCCAAAAAGCCCCCGGAAGUUGCCUUAUUCAGCUCACAAAGAACAACCCGGGGUUUGAUGCAGACCUGGACUGUGGGAUGUUUGGGGACCCCAUCCAUGGCAGUGUGGCCCCAGCCAAGGCAGGGAUGUUCCCUGGGUUCAGGCUGCCCGAGCAGGAGCAUGGCGGCGGAGCAGAGCCCGGCCCCGGUGAGCCCCAGGUGGGCAGCGAGCCCGAGCACGCUGUGAGCUUCUCUCAGGCUCUGGUGGAGUUUGCCAGCAGCGGGACCCUCUUCUCCAGCCUCUCUGAGAGCCUGGGGAGCUCGGCCUCCAGCUCGUCCUUCACCCAGAACCUCCCUGCCCUCCCCACCAUGGUCACCUUCGACGUGGUGGACGUGGAGCAGGACGGGGAAGGGGAGUGUGAGCAGCACGCGGAGCUGACUGCGGGCGAGGACAUCGCCGAGGCCUUUGACGAUGGCUACGGACAGAAAGAGUCCUUGGCUGAAUGUGACGAGAGAAUGUCCCUGGGCUUCUCGCCGGGCUCCUUCCAGAGCUGCAACUGGGGGGUGGCCAGCCUGCCCCGCCACCUGCGCCUGCACGGGCUGAGCCCCUCCAUGCCCGCGCCGCUCUCCGUGGACCGGCGGAGCCGCUCGCUGGACACCGAGAGCCUGGAGUUCGAGCUGGCCGAGCCGCAGGGGGCCCGCAGCGCCCCCCAGCCCUGCCGGCUCUGGGCCAGGCACGACGCUGGCAGGAAGGACUCUGCCGGAGCCAGGAGGAGCAGGAGCAAGGAGGAGGGUGAGCUGGUGGCUCCCGAGGGUGGCUUGAGCUGGCCGGGCCUGCGGCACCUCCAGCACGGCCCCGAGGCGGCUCCCGGCGGGAUGGAGCUCUGGGACUUGGCUCCGGCUGGCGCUGUGGAGAGCGUGUGGGAGCCGUCGGAGCCGCCGGACACCGUGUCCCCUUUCCUGCCUCUCUCCCGCGGUGGCAUCGGGGAGGCUCCGGAGAGGCGGCCCCAGGAGGCAGAGCUGAGCAGGCUCCCGCUCCGGCCCUCCAACCUCCCCCUGCAGCCCGAGGCGAGGCGGCCGGAGGCGGCCGGGUCCUUCCGCUACCACGGGGAUGUCCCCAAGCUGUCCCGCUUGUUACCCCUGGGAGAGGCAGAGCUGCCCCCCAGCUUUGGCUUCGCCUGCUCCCCAGAGCACCGUGCCAGGGGCAAACCUGUGGGCAUCGCCCAGGGCGUGCCACAGCAUCCUGGGAAUGGCAGCGGGGACACCGAGAGCCCGGAGCGCUGCACCGAGCCCCUCAAGGGCAGGGCCACCCCGGGGCACGGCGCCUGCCGGGGCACCGUGUGCAGUGUCACCGAGGCUGAGUAGCUGCAGGAAUGUCACCGUGUCACCCAGCUGAGGGGUAGCAGGAAUGUCACCGUGUCACCGAGGCUGAGUGUCUGCAAGAAUGUCACUGUCACCAAGCCAAAACGCUGCAGGAAUGUCACCAUGCUGAGGCUGCUCUGGGCAGGGCUGAAAGGGGAGCAAAGGGAGGGAGAAAACCAGGAGCAGUUUGGGGAGGACUUGAGUUAAGCUGGGCUGAUGCUCCUCUCCUGCAAACAUCCGUGGCCUUGCCCCUGUGGAUGCUCUGGAAGCAGCUUGGAGCUGCCUCCAGGAUUCCUUCAUCACCACUGAGGCACUUUCUGGUUUUCCAGCCCUCUCCAACACCAAGUGCAGCAGCAGCAGCCCCUGGCAGAAGCUGGGGAUGGACCCGCUGCUGGUGUGGCAGGUUGGGGUUUGUGCAGGACUGGGGCUGGGGGAACAGGCCUUGGGCAGAGUUCUGAGGGAAAUGGGGCUGUUUUCUUGUGGAUGAAACGUUUUGGUUCAGACUCACUUUGAAUGUCUUCCAGCCCGGGCUCAGUGUGGGGAGCAGGGAGGUGCUGCUUGUUCCAGAGCAAGGAUGGGGCGAGGCAGCUGGAAAGGGGAACUUUGCAGCCACGUUUUUAUUUAUUUGAUUUGUCCUUACCCCAAAGGAAAGCAGGAGCUUUUGUGUGCGUGCUGAUAACGUUCUCCAGGUCUAGUUUCAGUUUGCUCAGAAAGAUGUGCUGUCCAUGGUGUCCCUUUGAAGAACAAAGUGUUGGUCCCUUCUUCGUUGUGGUCUGUCUUGCCGGUGCAGAAUUCCUGGUGGAAUCCUUUCCUGUGCUUUGUCCUGGGCUCCUGGCCUCUCCAGGGCCAUGGGGACAGGGAUGAGGCCUUUGAAAUAAGCUAAAUUUGCAUCAUGCCUGUAGCUGUGAAGUGGCAGAUGAUGUUACUUUCUCAAAAGGAAGCUUUGUGGCUUUUUAAUUUUAUUUUAUUAUUUUAAGGUUGUUUUCUUUGCAUAAACCCACAGGAGGAAAGUUUUGUGUUCCUUGGAAUUUGGGAUGGACCGCAGCUGCAUUGGGCUUCACUCCUGUCUGGAGGGAACAAAAAACCUGGAAGCUGCUGGAGGGUUGGGAAUUUUUGCCUCUUUGAAGGAACGUGGAGGAGGAACACAAGCUGAGGGGACAGACUCUGUCCUGUGAGCUCCUGUGACAUCUGUUCAGGCUCCUGGUCCCCUCUGUGAUCCCAAACCCCCAAUCCAUGACACAAAGCUGCUUCCCUGUCCUGUCCAAGCUCUGUGUUCUGAUUUAAUUCCAUUACCAGUGAUUUUUUAUUUCCCCCCACCUCAUUGCCCUUUCUCUAUUUUUCUUUGUAGCAGAGUUUGUAGCAUUCAAAAAAAAAAAAAUCCCAAAGUGGAAAUACUGGAGUUUUACCACAUUUGUGGAGUGAGGGAUGGCUCUGCUUGGGCCAGACUCGAUUUUCCUGCUGAGUCCUGCCCUGCUGGGUCACCCUCCUGCUGCUCUCCUGCUCCACAUGGAUGUGGCUCCAUCAGCUGCCAUCCCUGGAUUUCCAGGCACAAGGAGCUGAUUUGGGUUCGAUGGGUUUUUUCCCCCCCAAGCAAAAUGAGGUCUUGAUAUUCCUUUUGAGAAAAGAUUCCUUCUGCCUUGUCCUUGGAUGUGUGGGAAGGAGCAGGGCAGGCAGGGCCAGGCUUGGUUCAGCCUCUGUGUGUGCUGUGAUUGUCCUGCUGAGGCUGAGCACAUCCAUCUGUGCAUCCAGGGGCUCAGACCUGGAUUUUUCCCUGUUUUCCUGGCAGCCCUGCUGCAGGGAGUCCACAGGAACCUGCUGUGCCAUGGUUCUGUUCCCUCAUCCCUCUGGGACACCAGGGAGGGUUUUCUGGGACACACCUGGCUCCUGGUGCCACUGCCACCCCUGGAGAGGACAAUGUGGUGAAAGUGCCCUCGCUGGGGGAUUGUCUCCCCUCAUUAGCACAGCUGCUAAUGAACAUGGGAAAUCCCUCCCUGGAGCAAGGACAGGGCCAGCUCUGUGCCCAUCUCACCCCAUCCCAGCACACAGACCACGGGCACACCCUGCUGGGGACACCACGGGGCCACUGUCA